AUGGCCUACAAACUUUAUAAUUACGAUCCUUCCGGCAGCGCAGCCAUUCCUAUUGCUGCCCUUUUCGGACUGGCAACAGUGGUCCACAUUGUGCAGAUGGUUCGUGCCCGAAGUUGGUACAUGAUUCCAUUCACAGUUGGUGGCGUCUUCGAGGCGAUCGGCUACUUAUGCAGGUACAUCAAUUCAACCGAAACGCCAGACUGGCAGACCACGCCCUAUAUUGGGCAAAGCCUUCUUAUUCUUCUCGCUCCUGCUCUUUUUGCCGCCUCUAUUUACAUGACUCUCGGACGACUUAUUGUCACUCUAAAAGCCCAUUCGAAUUCGAUCAUUCGGCCAUCAUGGUUGACCAAGAUUUUCGUGAUCGGGGAUGUUCUUUCCUUCUUGAUGCAAUGUGGAGGCGGAGGAUUCCUUGCCAGCGCGAAGACCCAGGACAAGAUAGAUAUGGGCGAGAACAUGAUCCUGGGUGGCCUUUUCGUCCAAAUACUCUUCUUCGGACUUUUUAUCAUAGUUUCGGUCAUUUUUCACUGUCGAAUGCAUGCUUCCCCUAUGAACUAUGUGGGAGGAAGCCGAAUUCCCUGGGCGCGGUGCAUGAUGGUCUUGUAUACUGUCAGCUGCCUAAUUAUGAUUCGUUCAAUCUACCGAGUGGUUGAAUACGUGCAGGGGAGCGGUGGCUACCUACAAAGCAAGGAAACGUUUAUCUACGUUUUUGAUGCCGCGUUGAUGCUUGGCUGUUGCCUUGUCCUCAUUAUUUUACACCCAAGCAAAAUGUUGAGUGAACAGGAAAACAGAUAUCAGAAGACUGAAGAUCUUGAGAUGCUGGCCAGUAAUUACUGA